UCUUGUGUUCUCAGACUGUGGCUUCAGAUGUGCCAACACAAAGUGUGUCCCUCUGAACCGGACUUGCGACGGAGUUGACGACUGUGGCGACCUCAGCGAUGAGAUGUGCUGCAAAAAAUGCAGGAACGGAGGUUUCCGCUGCAAGACGGGUGUGUGUGUGCAUCCAGAGGCGCUCAGCGACGGACAGAUUGACUGUCUGGACGGCGAGGAUGAAUUAAUGAAACACGCACUCAACCAACCAGAAGCAGAGCACAAACCACUCAAACACUUGGAGUACACCUCCCCCAAAAACGAAACGAGGGCCGACAGAGUGCAUUUGGAGGCCAACUUAUACUGCGGGAUUCCCAACGCGACCACGGUGGACGACAUGGAGGUUGAGCACCGAGCGAGGGCCAGCCGCUUCAAGAGAGUGGUGGGAGGCGUCCCGGCAAACCCGACUCAGAUCCAGUGGCAGAUUGCUCUGGUGGAGAACAGGAAGAUCGACUGCGGAGGCGCUUAUAUCGGAGGAUGCUGGGUAAUCACGGCUGCUCACUGCGUCAGGCCCACCCCUUCUGCGUUCAAGGUGAAGUUUUCUCUCUGGAGGAAGCUUCAAGCUCAGGACACAACUGACAUUGUUCCUGUUGAAGACAUUCGCAUCCACCCAAAGUACAACGCCAACACCUAUGAGAACGACAUCGCUCUGGUGAAGCUGGAGAAGCUUCCGUACAAGGACAAAUGUUUGGAGGAUAACCCGGCCGUCAGCGCCGUCUGCGUCCCCUGGUCCUCCCAACUCUUUCAACCCAACCACACCUGCAGCAUCUCUGGGUGGGGACGAACCGCAGAUGGCAGAGCGGCUCAGGUGUUGCUGUGGGCCAACGUGUCCCUCAUCGCCGACUGUCAGAGAUUCUAUAAAGAUCGCUUCAAACCCGGCAUGAUGUGUGCGGGCGACCUGGACGGCAGCGUGGACUCCUGUCAGGGCGACAGCGGAGGUCCGCUGGUCUGCGAGGACGAACUGGGAGUUUCCUACCUGUGGGGCAUCGUCAGCUGGGGAGACAAGUGUGGACAGCCGGGGUUCCCUGGAGUUUAUACACAGGUGGCUCAUUACUUUGAGUGGAUACGACUUCACACAGGGUGGCCUGCCGUUACCAAGUUCAACUCUUGAUGAGGCAAACACACCCUUACAGAACACUGAAUUAAGAGUCAAGCUGUCACGUACCUUAAAUAGCCUAUUGUUAGUUCACUGAUUUAUUAAAAAUCGUAUUGUGUUAUGUAGUGUACAGUGUUGUACUAUAUACAGUGUUUGCUGGAGCAUCGUACUGAUAUUAGGCCACUAAAUUGUAAUAGUCUGCCCAGGGACUGCAGAGGAAAAUUAGCUCUGGAGCUAACUCUAACACAUUUACAUUGAGGUGGAAACUGAAGUGUUAAUUAAUGUGCACCGUCUCUAGUAAAUAAAAAAAAUAAAUAGAUUAAAAUAUCACUUUGUCCAAUAGAAUGAGUUUUCCGGUUU